GUCACCUGGGGAGGUGUGGUAUUUCCUGAGCAGACAACACAAAGCCACAAAGUGAUCGGAACAACAAGAUGCUUCUGAACCAAAGGAAUCAAAUGAGACACAUCGAAAGGACUUACUAGUUGUUGUUGUUUUUUUUUUUUUUAUAUAUAUUUUGGGAAUCCAUCAGAGAAGGCAGAAUGCGGGACAUGCUGGACAGGCUGCAGACCAUUGCUGAGGAGCAGGAGUAUGGGCCUGAGCUGAUUGGGCCGGAGUAUGACGUAGACAAGGAGACACUGUAUCAACAGGCAGUAACGUUUGAGAACUCCUCGGGGGCUAUUGAUGAAAUCCUGACGGAGGCCCACUCAAUGCGCAAGGAGAUCUCCCUGCUCCGAAUAAAGGUGGAGUACCUGCGUGCACACAAUGAACGCUUCAGCACCUCAGUGCGCCGCUUCACCCUUCUUAAAAAGAACUCUGACACCAUGGCUAGGGAUAUCCAGGACCAAGCAGGGACUCUGUACUCCCGUGUGCAGGCCCUGGGUCAAAAGAGCACCCAGCUGGAGGAGAAAGAAGGUCACAACUCCGCUGUUAGUCGCAUUGCCAGGGCUCAGUACGACACGCUGACCCGUGACCUGCAGGCUGCCAUGAUUGACUACAGGAAGGCAGAGGAGAUGCAGAAGGUCAUAUGUAGAGGUAGGAUCCAGAGGCACACCUCCAUCAUGGGGACACAUAUCAGUGAUAAGCAGCUGGAUGAGCUGGUGGACAAAGGCGGCGAGGGCUGGACGGACCUGUCCCAGAGCCUUCAGACAGAGGGCAUACGCUCGACCCGCUGGGCCUUGUGUGAGAUCAAAGGCAGGCACAGGGAGCUGGUGGAGUUGGAGGCCAGGAUGAAGCUGGUUCAUGAACUGUUCAAGGACAUGGCCAUGCUAGUGGAGGAGCAGGGAACCAUUCUGAAUAACAUCGAGGUCACUGUGUGCAAAACUGAAGAAUAUAUUGAAAAGACCAACAUUGUCUUUGCUAGGGCCAAGAGGUACAAGAGGAAAAACCCCUUCUUACACUGUUGCCCCUGCCUACCCUGCUGGAGAAACUAGAGUUAAUAUGACCACUGAGUACUUUUAGAUGAUCAAAUAUGGAAGGACACAUUUAUCCACCAACAGUAACAACCGCUGGAAGUGGACUGAAAAAUGAAUGGUGUUGUGCAAUACAUUUAAUUUAUAGAAUAUCCAGCCUUUACAGAGAUACAGAGAGUGUAACAAAAACUGUUCUAAGCUAAUGAGAAGAGCGCUGUAUAUUCUUUCAGCGUGCAACAGACAUGUUGUAUGACUCACUGACUAAUAAUCUAAACUAUUUCCAGAGUUUCAAAUAAGAAUCGUUGCCUGCAACCUCUAAUGAGAUGAAAUGUUAGAAGUCAAAUUAUAUUAAUAAGUGGUUUUAUGGUGAAUAAGCGUAGUAAUUUGUGAAGCCUUUGUCUUUGUGACUCACAAAUAAUCGACUAAUAAACACAGGCAAUGGAGCUAAA